CAUUCUUGCAUUGCAAAAUGAACGCGCGGAUCGCAUCAAUAGAGGAGACUUUUGGGCCUCACUUUCUCCUCGAGGUGGAUCUUGAGGCUGUGAGGCGAUGUGCCUCAAGCCCAAAUACCACAUUGGAAUUCCAAUGCGUCCAAGAUGAGCAUGAAGGUAUCUCGCAAUUCACGCGCGCGGACGAUAACGAAGCUCGAGAACGACGAACGGCACGGAUUGAUUCUUUCCUCAAGGCUUUUCUGCUAUUGCAAUUUCUAGAUGUGAAGGACUAUUUUUUCAUCCUGUACGACUGUCCUCGCCGAGCAGUAGGGGAAGGGAUGCUACUCGAGCAGCGUUAUCAGGCCUUUGAGUUGUUGUUUCAAUGCUGGUGUCAGAAGGGAUUGAGCGAUAUUGGAAGUUGCGACGCCGGCUCUGGUGGAGAGGCGUGCGACAAGAGACGAAGUAUACUAGAGGAGCAAGAGGUGGAGAAGGACAGCAACUCUGUGGCGCAAACUACUUUUCUUCAGUCGUCUCCAUUCGGACAGUUCUAUGCCUCAAACUUUGAACGCUGUUUGGAAGAGGUGUGCGUUUCCGCAGAUCGAUGGCAAACAGCCUUUGAAAGUUGGGCUAGGGUGGCUCGGAUUCUGCCGAACAAGGACGUUCAUACUGUGAAAGAGGAUGAAGACAAUGACGAUCUUACAAGAUAUGCAAAUGGUACUGCUUGCAGUCGUCAUCUUACAAGAUAUGCAGAUGGUACUGCUUGCAGCCACCUAGACAAUCCUCGCAAUGCUUCAUCGCCACUCCCCGAAUCCGAUGACGCGACUGCCCAAGCAUCCCCAGACGCACCACUUACUUCAUCGCCUCAACAAUCCGACCACAGUAUCCCAAGUCCAUCUAGAAGAAAACAAGACGCGCCUUGUCGCGUCUAUCAACCUUUUUUCUCAGAUGGCGUAUGUGCCACACACGUACAAGGCCUGGAG